AUGUUGAUCUCGAGAUUGAUACGUGAGAUCGGUAGGAGAUGGUUCAACGUGCGGAAGACCACCAGGCAGAGCGUGCAGUCUGCCAGAGACACAGUUUUUCGCGGUGGUGUCAUCGUCGUUAGCACUGUCUUCAUAGUUUGGCUGUCGAUAUUCCUUUACACGGUCUUUUAUUACUCCUACAUGCCCAGCAUGUCGUACGUGCGUCCCGUGCAUUUACAAUUCAAAUCGUGCGACGAGAAGAAAGGAAUUUGCAGUUUUCCACAAGCCCAUGUGCAGCUGACCAAGAAACAGCAGCUUUUGAUGGUAGGUCAGCCGUACAAAGUAAAUCUACAUCUAGAGAUGCCAGAAUCACCAGCGAACAAAGAGCUCGGUAUGUUUAUGGUUUGUGCGCAAUUGCGAAGUCGUGACGGAUACCUCGUGGACCACACGUGCAAACCAGCUAUGUUACAUUACCGCAGCACGCUGUUACAUACGCUUACAACUCUCACAUUUUCACCUAUGAUGAUUUUCGGAAGUGUUGAGGAGAAGCAAGACGUUGUUCUCGAAUUGUUUGGCAACUUUGAGGAGGAUCAGAGUCAUCCGGUAACAAUUAUUUUUAUUGAGAUUCAAUCACGACAUAUAGAAUUUUACUCCGCCAAUCUCAUGAUAAAUGCUCACUUGUCGGGAUUACGUUACUGGAUGUUUUAUUGGCCCAUUCUAUCAGCCUGUAUUGGCAUUGGUACAAAUUUGUUUUUCAUAAUGCUCGUAUGCACAAUGUCGUACAUACAUUUCGGCACCGAGGAGGAAAGUUCGGACGAAAAUUUCAGUUAUGAAAAGGGCGAGAUAGAUGAUAACGAUCUUAAAACCGACUUGUCAGAUACAUCAUCUCAGGAAGACACAUUAUCCGUAACGGAUCUCAAAAGUGAGGAGAAGAGUAUAGAGGAGGAAAAACUUGUUAAGGGAGAGCCGAGCUAUAUCCAGGAAAUUUCCACAUUAAUUGCCGAGUCAUCGAGUAGCGCUUCAGCUAUUAAAUAAUAAAUAAAGUUAUUAUUACGCUUAGAAACGUGAUUAGUCUGUGUAAUAUAAAAAUUUUACAAACAGUUAUAGGUAAUUUAUAAUCGAGAGCUAUUAAUGAAGGAAGGAAAACUUAAGAGAGAAAUGGAAAAAAAAUAUAUUUUCUUAUUUUCUAUAA